AUGAUCGAUCUCUUGACCCUAGUUAAGCUUGAUGUUGCUUCCAAAUAUCAAGAGUUGCUGAACAAGAGCAUGAGAAUUGAAGAUACUAGCUAUGGCAAUAGCAAACAUCUUGGAUCGAUCUACAACCGCCUACAAGCCCUUGAAGGAUCAUCUCAUGCCAAUUACAAGAGAGAGAGGAGUCCAACACCCAACCACCCUCCCUUUUAUUGCAAUGCCAUCACAAGAAGAAGCACUACUCAAGUCCAUGAGGACAAUGAAGAAGAAGAAAGAGAGUAUGAGGAACAACUUGAAUGA